AUGGCAACAGCAUCCGUGGCCAUGGCAGAAGGUGGCCUCCGUGGACAAGGACCGGGCAGUGCGGCAGCUGAUGAAGUGGCCAUGUUGUUCAGUCUCCAUGGACAUGUAGCUCCUUCCAGUUCGGUAGAUGUCAGCUCAUUACAGUACCACCAUGGCAUGGAAGUCCUUGGUGACGGAUGUCAGCUCGAGUUCGCCGACCUGCUGAACCACGGCCUGUUUCCCCAAAGGAGCGAGGGCGGCGUGGGCGGGAGACGCAGCCACUUCGCGGGCGUGAGCCUCUCCAGCAAUCCUUACUCCUUUCUGAACGACGACGAACUCGUAGAAGGGCGCAAGAUCUACAAGAAUCCUCGGAACGCGCCCUCGGAUUCUUGCCCCAAGGAUGAGGACGCGGUGGCCAGGGCGGGCCGCACGUGCCUCCGCAAGUGCAGCACGGACGCGGACUGCCUUAGCCGCAAGAAGGUCUGCCUCUGCGACGGAAUCUGCGGCAUGAGCUGCAUCAAGCCUGACAAGGAGUGCAGCGACCUGGACAACCCUGGCUUCGGCUACGUGGACGUCAAGGGGAAGGUGGUGGGCUCGCAGGCGAACUACAGGUGCCAGGAGGGUUACCACCUCAUUGGGCAGACCAUCCGCCUGUGCCAAGCCAACGGGAUCUGGUCGUCGACGCCGCCGGAGUGCCACGAGAACUGUAUGUAUCUCUCUUUAUGUAGUUCUGAGAUAGUGGGCCGGGACUGCAUCCGGAGUACCUGGGUUGUAGGCGCGUUCGUCCCCUGGGGGUUUGGGAAAAAUUAG